CUCAAACAAUCCUCCUGUUUUGGCCUCCCAAAGUGCUGGGAUUACAGGCAUGAGCCACCGUGCCUGGCCAGCGUACCAAUCUUGACUGUGUUCAAUGUGAAGGACUGAAAGCUAAGAAUGUAGGGUCAGUGCCUAAUCUGCUCAAGUGUGUAUGUGGGGUGUCACCCGUGAGUUAGACCCUGCUUAGGCAGUGGGAGGUGUCUUUAACAAGGUUCAAGAUUGUGGGCCCUGUGGUGAGAGGGUGGCCUGGGGCUGAAGCUCUGCUUUGAAGGUAACCUGCUUCCCUUGGUGUCCCUAUGUUGUGGAUUUUCCUGCCUUGGGCACCGUCCCCCAAGCCCCUUGUAGUGACGACAAGCACCUCUAAUGCUGACCUGGUAGGGGAGGCUUCUAGAAGUGUCCCAUGAUAAGUAAAUGUUCUGGGUGUGGGUGUUUGCACCCACCCGGUGUUCAUGUGCCUGUCCCCAAGGCCACAUGUGCCACAGUGGGUGUGACUGCCAAGGGCCCUGGGAGUUGGGAGAGGGUGACAUUCCUUGCCCAUGACCCUGUGAACACAGGACAGUGUGUGCUUGUAACUGUGGUAGGGGGAGGGCGGGCUCUGUUCGAUGGGCAGUAUCGUCUGAAGCGAGGAACAAGAUGAUCCUGAGGGGGUGGAGACAGUCACAUUGGUGGAGGACCUCACCCUGGGGCUCUCCUUCCCGCGAGCUUGGGGAGGCUGUGCAGGCACAGGGACAGAGAACCUGUGCUGGGUUGGGGGGGUGCUGGCUUCUAGCCCCAGUUCUGCCACCCACUGUCUUGUGACCUUGAGGGAUUCUCUGCUCCCUCUAGGUCUCAGUUUCCACCUCUUGGAGGAGGGGCAGGCCUUUGGUCCCGGUAUUCCAGGAUCUCCGUGGGGGGGGGUGGCCUUCGAAGAAAUUUGCUCUUCUCUCCCAGGCCUGGGAGUGAGGAUGGGAGCAGUUUUGCUUCUGUGACGCUGGUGUGUGUGUUGCGGGUACUCUGGACUGCCUUGGGCUGAGGUGGAGAUGGAGGCUGAGUUGGGGGUCUGUUCAUGUGACAGGAAGCUCUCAUUCCUGGGGUCGGUGGCUGCCUGGGAGGUUUAGGGGGCCUCAGGAACUGACCUAAAGAUGACUCAACUCCAGAAAGUAACUUCCUGGAAGCCAGGGGAAGGGAGGGCCCAGAAAGGCAGGAGGAGGCCAGAGCCUAAUGGGCUGGGCUGGUCUCAGGGUACCCCUGCAGCAGCAUGGCCUUGUUGUCUGGAUUGCCCAGGGCUGCAGCCUAAGGGCUGUGCCUGUAGGGAGGGGACGGGGAGGGUUCCAAUUGCUACAGAAAUCCCUGGCAUUAAUGGCCAAAGUGGCCGGAAACUUCUGCUUAUAAAAAAAGCUUUUAUCCCCCGAGCAUGAUGGCUGGCACAAGCUGAGGCUGCCUGCCUGCUGCUCACCUGCCAGCCUGGCUCUUGGGGCGGGCACAGAGCCUCGGAGCCAAGUCUAGUGGAAAUGGAGCCACUGGGCUCCUCUCCUUGAUGGGGCUAAACUGAGAAAGGCCUUACGUCCCUGGGAAAAGGUCCCCUUUCCUGGGUCUAUUUUCUAAAGUGGGCCAGUGUCUCAGGCUCAUCCCAGGCUCCAGGUAUUGUCAGUGUUUGGAGCUGCAGGUCCCUUUCCUUGCUCCCUCUGACCUUGGACUUCUGCCUGUGACCCUCAGCCUAUUCCUCUGCCAGACCGAGGUUCAAAAGCUGGCACUGGCAAGACUUAGGCAUGGUGCCGAACUUCCCUUGAGCCUCAGUUUCAUCCAUAAAACGAGGAUGAGGACAUCUACUUAGAGGGUUAUCAGAGCAUCAAAUGAGACAAAGGUUGUAGGUGCUCAAUGUGUUACUUCCCUCCCAGCCCCCAGCUGCCCUCAGAGGGGGUUCGGAAGUCCCAGGAGGUACUGACCUGGCAGGAUCCUCAGACACUUGGGAUUUCCUAGGGAGCCUCCGGCCGCAAGUUCAUCAUCGCCAACGCUCGGGUGGAGAACUGCGCCGUCAUCUACUGCAACGACGGCUUCUGCGAGCUGUGUGGCUACUCGCGGGCCGAGGUGAUGCAGCGGCCCUGCACCUGCGACUUCCUGCACGGGCCGCGCACGCAGCGCCGCGCUGCGGCGCAGAUCGCGCAGGCCCUGCUGGGCGCUGAGGAGCGCAAAGUGGAGAUCGCCUUCUACCGUAAAGAUGGGAGCUGCUUCCUGUGUCUGGUGGACGUGGUGCCCGUGAAGAACGAGGAUGGAGCUGUCAUCAUGUUCAUCCUCAACUUCGAGGUGGUGAUGGAGAAGGACAUGGUGGGGUCCCCGGCUCAUGACACCAAUCACCGGGGCCCCCCCACCAGCUGGCUGGCCUCAGGCCGCGCCAAGACCUUCCGCCUGAAGCUGCCCGCGCUGCUGGCGCUGACGGCCCGGGAGUCGUCGGUGCGGGAGGGCGGUGCAGGCGGCGCGGGCACCCCGGGGGCCGUGGUGGUGGACGUGGACCUGACGCCCGCGGCGCCGAGCAGCCAGUCGCUGGCCCUGGACGAGGUGACGGCCAUGGACAACCACGUGGCGGGGCUCGGGCCGGCCGAGGAGCGGCGCGCGCUGGUGGGCCCCGGCUCCCCGCCUGCCAGCGCGCCCGGCCCGCACCCGUCGCCCCGGGCGCACAGCCUCAACCCUGAGGCAUCAGGCUCCAGCUGCAGUCUGGCCCGGACGCGCUCCAGAGAGAGCUGCGCCAGCGUGCGCCGGGCCUCGUCAGCGGACGACAUCGAGGCCAUGCGCGCUGGGGCGCUGCCCCCGCCGCCGCCGCGCCACGCCAGCACCGGGGCCAUGCACCCCCUGCGUAGCGGCCUGCUUAACUCCACCUCAGACUCGGACCUCGUGCGCUACCGCACCAUUAGCAAGAUUCCCCAAAUCACCCUCAACUUUGUGGACCUCAAGGGCGACCCCUUCCUGGCUUCGCCCACCAGCGACCGGGAAAUCAUAGCACCCAAGAUAAAGGAUCGGACCCACAAUGUCACCGAGAAGGUCACCCAGGUCCUGUCUCUGGGCGCCGACGUGCUGCCCGAGUACAAGCUGCAGGCACCGCGCAUCCACCGCUGGACCAUCCUGCACUACAGCCCCUUCAAGGCCGUGUGGGACUGGCUCAUCCUGCUGCUCGUCAUCUACACGGCCGUCUUCACGCCCUACUCGGCCGCCUUCCUGCUGAAGGAGACAGAAGAGGGGCCCCCGGCCCCCGACUGCGGCUACGCCUGCCAGCCGCUGGCCGUGGUGGACCUCAUCGUGGACAUCAUGUUCAUCGUGGACAUCCUCAUCAACUUCCGCACCACCUACGUCAACGCCAACGAGGAGGUGGUCAGCCACCCUGGCCGCAUCGCCGUCCACUACUUCAAGGGCUGGUUCCUCAUCGACAUGGUGGCUGCCAUCCCCUUCGACCUGCUCAUCUUCGGCUCUGGCUCUGAGGAGCUGAUCGGGCUGCUGAAGACGGCGCGGCUGCUGCGGCUGGUGCGCGUGGCGCGGAAGCUGGACCGCUACUCGGAGUACGGGGCGGCCGUGCUCUUCCUGCUCAUGUGCACGUUCGCGCUCAUCGCCCACUGGCUGGCCUGCAUCUGGUACGCCAUCGGCAACAUGGAGCAGCCGCACAUGGACUCGCGCAUCGGCUGGCUGCACAACCUGGGCGACCAGAUCGGCAAGCCGUACAACAGCAGCGGCCUGGGCGGCCCCUCCAUCAAGGACAAGUACGUGACCGCCCUCUACUUCACCUUCAGCAGCCUCACCAGCGUGGGCUUCGGCAACGUGUCCCCCAACACCAACUCCGAGAAGAUCUUCUCCAUCUGCGUCAUGCUCAUUGGCUCCCUCAUGUACGCCAGCAUCUUUGGCAACGUGUCGGCCAUCAUCCAGCGGCUGUACUCGGGCACGGCGCGCUACCACACGCAGAUGCUGCGGGUGCGGGAGUUCAUCCGCUUCCACCAGAUCCCCAACCCGCUGCGCCAGCGCCUGGAGGAGUACUUCCAGCACGCCUGGUCCUACACCAACGGCAUCGACAUGAAUGCGGUGCUGAAGGGCUUCCCUGAGUGCCUGCAGGCUGACAUCUGCCUGCACCUGAACCGCUCGCUGCUGCAGCACUGCAAGCCCUUCCGAGGGGCCACCAAGGGCUGCCUGCGGGCGCUGGCCAUGAAGUUCAAGACCACACACGCACCACCUGGGGACACGCUGGUGCAUGCUGGGGACCUGCUCACCGCUCUCUACUUCAUCUCCCGGGGCUCCAUCGAGAUCCUGCGGGGUGACGUCGUUGUGGCCAUCCUGGGGAAGAAUGACAUCUUUGGAGAGCCGCUGAAUCUGUACGCGAGGCCCGGCAAGUCCAACGGGGAUGUGCGGGCCCUCACCUACUGCGACCUGCACAAGAUCCACAGGGACGACCUGCUGGAGGUGCUGGAUAUGUACCCGGAGUUCUCGGACCACUUCUGGUCCAGCCUCGAGAUCACCUUCAACCUGCGAGACACCAACAUGAUCCCGGGCUCCCCUGGCAGCGCGGAGGUGGAGGGCGGCUUCAACCGGCAGCGCAAGCGCAAGCUGUCCUUCCGCAGGCGCACGGACAAGGACACGGAGCAGCCAGGGGAGGUGUCGGCUUUGGGGCCGGGCCGGGCGGGGGCAGGGCCCAGUAGCCGGGGCCGGCCGGGGGGGCCGUGGGGGGACAGCCCGUCCAGCGGCCCCUCCAGCCCCGAGAGCAGUGAGGAUGAGGGCCCAGGCCGCAGCUCCAGCCCCCUCCGCCUGGUGCCCUUCUCCAGCCCCAGGCCCCCCGGAGAGCCGCCGGGCGGGGAGCCCCUGACGGAGGACUGCGAGAAGAGCAGCGACACCUGCAACCCGCUGUCAGGCGCCUUCUCCGGAGUGUCCAACAUUUUCAGCUUCUGGGGGGACAGUCGCGGCCGCCAGUACCAGGAGCUGCCUCGCUGCCCCGCCCCCGCCCCCAGCCUCCUCAACAUCCCCCUUUCCAGCCCGGGCCGGCGGCCGCGGGGCGACGUGGAGAGCAGGCUGGACGCCCUGCAGCGGCAGCUCAACAGGCUGGAGACCCGGCUGAGUGCGGACAUGGCCACCGUGCUGCAGCUGCUACAGAGGCAGAUGACGCUGGUCCCACCCGCCUACAGUGCUGUGACCACCCCGGGGCCCUGCCCCGCCUCCUCCUCCCCUCUACUACCCGUCAGCCCCCUCCCUACCCUCACCCUGGACUCGCUUUCUCAGGUUUCCCAGUUCAUGGCGUGCGAGGAGCUUCCCCCGGGGGCCCCAGAGCUCCCCCAAGACUGCCCCGCUCGACGCCUCUCCCUGCCGGGCCAGCUGGGGGCCCUCACCUCCCAGCCCCUGCACAGACACGGCUCAGACCCUGGCAGUUAGUGGGGCUGCCCAGUGUGGACACGUGGCUCACCCAGGGAUCAGGGCACCGCCCGGGCCCUUCCCCUAGGAGGUCCUGCUCAGGAGGCCGUGGCCGUGGAAGGGGAGAGGAAGUCGAAGGAACAGCUCCUCCUCCAGCCCUUGGGACAUCUCCUCCUGCAGUCCCCUGGGCCCCAGUGAGGGGGCGGGGGCAGGGCCGGCAGUGGACAGGGGCCUGUGGUCCCCCCACCGCCCGAGGGCAUUAGCUGGUCUAACUGCCCGGAGGCACCCGGCCCUGGGCCUUAGGCACCUCAAGGACUUUUCUGCUAUUUACUGCUCUUAUUGUUAAGGAUAAUAAUUAAGGAUCAUAUGAAUAAUUAAUGAAGAUGCUGAUGACUAUGAAUAAUAAAUAAUUAUCCUGAGGAGA